AUGAUCUCACAGCGAAAGUUGUCUAAUGUUAUGGAGGGUCUGAGUAAGGUAAACACACCUUCAUCUUUCGAGUUUAAGGCGCAUUUAUGUCAUAGAAUAGGAUCUGUUUUCCUCUCGAAUGUUUUCUCUAAAUUCCCACUAAGUUAACAGGGAAUCCGGCAACACUCGCGUCGUUGGCCACGUGAUCCAACAAUUUGAUCUUUUUAAGAGCAACAAUUGUUGCUACAAAAACUCAACGAAACAGUGCGCAAUAGUGUCCUUUUAAAUUGAAUUGCUUGUGCCCUUUAAGUUUGUGCUGAAUAAUAUGUCUAUACGUACCAGGAGGUGACUAGAGGAAUGUUAGGUUGACUCAAAGUUGUUUCGGGAUUUUUCUGCUUUCACUAAACCGCUCAUAAUUAAACGUGACCACCGCAUGGGACACGAAACACUGCACAUAUGUCAAGUUCAUAUUUUUUUAAUCGCGAUGAUGAUUUAUUUUCGCUUUAGACUUUGACGUUUUUCAUUGAUACUUUUUCCGCUCGAGCACAAUGCCAAACGUCACUUGCGGCUGUUUUUUACAAUUUUUUUUGUUUCGCAGGUUUCGCAGCUUACAAAAGGAUCUCCUGUUUCACCUCCCGUCCCUAGCUGUCAUGGGAAUAUUCCAAGGUCUUGUUUAGAGGAUCCAACUCUAGAUGAAGCUGUAAGAAAACUUGUGGAGUUAAAUAGAGACAAACUUUCACACGAGCAACUCGUCGAUCUGCUUGCAUCCUUUUACUAUGUAACAAAUCGGUAUUUUCCACGUAAGCAUUCUGUUUUUCCACAAUUAAUAUGCAUACCUGGGUAGAAAGAAGUAAUCAACCACCCGCAAAUGUACGUUUUUGCGAUUAUGACAGAGCUUCCAUUUCAGUCGAUCCCACAGCCGCCUGAAAAGUACACGGAUCUCGAAUCUUGUCACCAGCCAGUUGCAUAUAUUCCAGAGACUUCAGUUUCGGCAGAAAAAAAUAACGACGAAGUUUCCCCUUCGCAGUCCGUUUUCUCUCUUAGAGAAAAGAAAAAGAUGCAGUGGAUGAAAGAACAAGGUAACAGUUAGCAUUGUGAGGGCCGCCUAUGGUGUUCAGCAGUUGUACAAAUACUAACCCGCCUUCCAUUCUACUUCACGUUUUCGCCGACAGUUUCAUUAAUUUUUCUCCCAUCGUAUAAAAUUUUUCAUAUAUUUUUCUGGUACGUCGUAAUAAAUGAUGCCUUUUUCUCCUCACUCGAAAGAAAAAUUGUCAUAACUCAUGCGUCAUUCUAGUUCAUUAAACCUGCGUCUGUUAAUGACCUCUGUACGGAUUCGCAUCGCUUUCACUCCAAACAUUUUAACACUUUAACAAAUUUGCUCUAAUACCUUUGUUAUUUCUACCUAUACAUCACAAUAAGUGUUCAAAUAAAUAACAGAAGUGUUCGUUGUUGAUGACAGGACCUUGACUUAGAAGAGCGAACGAAGUAGGGUCCAACUGUUUUUUGCCCUUUUCGCCGGUACACUAGGAUGGAUUUCGUAUUUUUUUAAUAGAACUGUCACUCUUGCCUUUAAAAAACAGGUCUUGAGGCCUCCCUUACAAACCCCUGUGCCUAAUUUAAGACAGGCUCUCAAAAUGCUACAGAACUCGCGAUCCAUAGGCUAUUCUGUAUUAUCUUAGUCAUUUCUGGAAAAGUUAGUAAAAAGCUUUUAUUUUGUUACUCCUUAUUACUGUUUAAAUUGUCGUCAAUUCGAAAGUGGACUGUGUCCCUUAUAUACAUUAUUGUAAUUCCACAUAACUUAAAGGCAACUAACACCGGACGUACUCAAAUAAAACGAAUGUCGAAAAGCGUAGAAAUGAGCUACAUUGAAUACUUAUGACCCGAUUCAGUCCUGAAACAGAGAUAUAGGCUCAGGUUUACUCAAAGCUUGUACUUGCAUCCAAAUAAGUUCUCGUUAUAUUUCGCAUACUCCUAUUCAACCAGCAUAACUGCUAACACUCGUUACUACUUCUGCAUCGAAUUCGGUCUGUCGGUAUCGUAGAAGAAAUGAGUCGUCUGAGUGAAGCCUCCUCGUGUCCGGCACCUGCAAAUUAUCAGGCUCCUUCCUCGGGUGCAGACGUCUAUUGGAAACCUGGCGAAUUGGACAACCAAGACCAUCUGCCUCUCGGCAGUCCUGUUGUCCCCACCUCGAUUGCUAGGACCGUACCGAUCCCUCACAUACCGCCCAACAAUACUCAAGGAGGCUUUUUCAUCGGCGAAGAUCCAAAAGUGAUGGCAGCGCAAAGGGUAUGUUGUUUACUUGUUUAUUCAUUACUCCUGAACGAAAUCUUGGUCAACGGUUACGAUAGAAAUGUGUCUGCGAACGCCCUGGCAAGGGAAUACUUACAGUGUUGUGAAAGUGUUGUUUGCUAUCUGAGUUCCCCAUAAGUAGUCUUAUCAUUUUUGUUAGAGGUUCAGUGUACAAAGAAAUUCUAAUAAACACUUCACACACAGUUCGAUCGUCGCGACCGACGGUGUUUACCGUUUACGUAACGUUUUGGUAACCAUGAUCACAAUCCUGAAUUUGAUCGGGUUGAUUUGAUGAAUUGUGUAGUCCCCCAAUAAAUCCGAAAGCAGUCAAUAUCUGUUAUCUAUACCUUAAAAAUGCUUUUGGAAAUCUGUGUAUUUUCAUCUGAUACGAUAUCAGUCUUAUAGUCCAUUUCAAGCCGUCGCCGAAAGGGACAAAAAAUAUUUAAAUGGCCGCCUCCGACUUGCUAUCGGUCAUCAGCUAUCCAUACACCAGUCACAGGCCCUAGGCGACCCACGUUUUAGACCCGGGUCAUUUGGUAUGGCUCUAUGAUGACUACAAAUUAGCCAGGAAUAGUCACUUCAGUCUCCCUCGUUGAUGAUAGCAACAUUUCCGGAGUAGAUAAUGUGUUUUUCUAUGUGACCGCCUGCGAGGACACUCGUAUGAGAAUGACUUGCCCUUUCAAGGAGGAAGAUUUAAACGGGAUUGCUACGCGGUCAGCACUCAUUGGAUCAAACGGCAAGACACCGACUCGUCUUUAUUUGUUUAUAGCUAGGAAAGUUCAAAUCCGCUUCCUGGAUCGCAACGCGACUUCUUUCUUCCUCUUGGUAUUUACAACACGAGAUAGUCAGGGUAGACAAAAACGAGGAUGCAUGACACUCUGAAUAUACCCUCCAUACACCCUGGGAAGCUAAUGCUGGACUGAGAGCAUAGCAGUCUGUCGUAAAAACUUCGGCAGUCGUGUUCGAGGCCACGCGGAUAUUGUGGGAGGGGGGAAGCAGAGAGAAAGCGAUAAUGAGGUGGUCGCGCCGACGUCUUUGAAGAUGUAGACAUCGCAUGGGCCUAUUCGAUUAUGCGCACGUAUACAGAAGCAGAUCCUAAAGUAUCACCUGCCACCCAUGCAGAAAUCAUGCAACAAAGUCCGCUUCGUUGUCGGUGACAGGCGGCACAUUUUGUAAUUGCCGCCAGUGUGUGACUCGCGUUAGACGGAGGUUUCAAGCCUCGCCAGCCACUGCGCCUAGUCUCGUAUUCAUUUGGCAGGGCUCGGAAAUGCCUCACGUAUGGGACAGGAAUAAGUGGUGCGGUCAUUACAGCUAAGGUACACGCUUUUCUUUGCUAAAAAUAACUGACCUUGUUCUGAAACUAUCACGAUGCGCCAACAUCCGUGACCGAAAAAAUAAAUCGGUCUUACUCAUGACUAAUGAUCGAGUUGUGGUGGUCCCGUCUGGUUGCUACCUCUAUAACACUCAUUUACUUUCGAUCCAAGACUCUCAUUGAGUGCUGGUUCGUGUUUGACACACGUAGGCGUGGCUUUGUCCUCCUCAGCCAUUCUUGUCCGUCCCUAGUCGCCUUGACACUUGCCGUUAGAACAUCGAGGUCUCAGUGGGGUCAAUACGGCGCAAUUCUGUUUUAUAAACAGACUCACGCGCAGUCCUUUUCUGCGUCCACUUUGCGACAGUGAUGGCCUUACUGUCGCAGACAGCAGCGUUUUCAAAAUCGUCGUUGAACUUUAUCAACUGUCUACUCCCUUAAAAAAUUGUCUUCCAGGUCCCAUGUAAAGCGUUACACACCUUUUCUAAUAAUCACCGACGUCUUUGAGAUAUAAAUUCCCGACAAAGGGUGUCCAAAUCUGAGUCGCUUGAGUGUCACACUUUUAAAUUUCGACUUUCCAGAAAUAUCGGUCUGCCCUCCACAACACCGACGAUUUGAAAGGAAUGUUUAUCGGGUUAGCGGGUAAGAACUGAAAGAGAUCAAAACAAUACGAAACGUGCGGCCUUGCCAUCGGCCCAGCUCGGCUCUAAGACGGUAGUUAAGGGGAGUCGUGAUUACUUUUAUUGGUCGAUAGUUGGGAUUAGAAUCAAAACCUCCUAAGCUUCUGAAAUGAGCUCCCAUUCACUGCAACGUAAUCGGGUCUAAGCUUAAGCCUACUUCUACCUUUUGGUGAGAACAUGACUAUUUCGCGAGGCUGUCGAUUGUCAAUUAUACUCCUUGUCUUCCAUGACGUUUGAUGAUGUACCAACUAGUAAAUAUCAUCAUAUCUGAAUUUCGAGGGACCAAUGUCUACUUAUCACCGAAAUAGUACUUCUUUUCAGUAGUAAAGCUAUCCGUCCAAAUGUUCUGUCUUCGCAGCCGCUGCACAUUCUACACCGUACGUGAUGAACUGUAUUUGUGUCGAAGGUUGAGACCCUACAGUAGGUGUCGGUGGACUUUUAUUUCCCACAACCGAAUUGAAGUUUGUUGACCAUCGAAUUUUAAUGGCUCUGCUCCGGCAGAAUAUUUACUCCGUUUGAGUAGGCCCUGUGUUAGGAUUAGUAGAAGGUCUGCGUUACCGCCUCCAACGGCUCAUUUUGGUCGAACACGGGAAUAUGAACCCGAAUUCCAGGGGUCAUCUAUCCCCGUGUCUUAACUUGUACCCUAACCUUGACUCUAGCUCUAACACUAACCCUAAAUACCUUGGAAUUUACGGCAAGGCCACCUGUAAUAUGGUAAGUUCAUAUCUCUGUUCCCAACUCUCGUUUUUUGCAACAGGUAAGUGGUAGCUGAAACCUCCUGACCGCAUUUGUCAAAAUGCUUUCUGCUGAAAUUAUUUACAAUGGAUCGGUCCUAUGCGCACAGAAGAACUUCAUACAGGUCUCACAGUUGCCAUGGUUCAAAGCCACCAAGCCAGCCAUACGCAUGUAAUUACCUUUACCGGGACCCACCUCCUCCCUGGCGCUGACUGGAAUUGUGGUGUUUCACUCUCCCCCUCCCAUUCCCAAACCCGAGCUACUGCAGACGCAUGCUCGCCAAAUUGCCUUUCGAAGUGCUGAUAGAUGUUGACAUUUGUACCCCUGCCGCUCUUAGGAACGCCAACGGCAGGAGUGGCUGGCUGAGCUCGACAGACAGGUGCAGGAGAAAAGAGCUUUGAGGGAGAGAGAGAAGACUCGGGUGCUGAACGAGGAAAUGAAGUCGCAGGUACCCUGUACGCCAGUGUACUUGAGGCACAUCGACCCAUCAGAUGCAGGUGGCGCCCAAUGCGACGACCGGGUACCCCGACUUCACGUCGUCGACGUACCACCACCACCGUCGCAACCAGCACAGUCGCAGCCAGUUCCGAACGGGAUCCACGAGGCUUCUCCCUCCACCAGGGAUAGAACAGCGCCGGAAGUAAUUAAUCCUACCCACCAGCAGCCCCAUCUCCGAGACUCAUUGAACCAAAAUACCCCUGCUGAACAGGUCUUCUCUCGUGGCCGAGGUCUUGCAGAUCUGGAGGAGAGAUCCAAACAGGAGGCAAUCAAAAGGAGACAGCAACAGCUGGAGCUUCAGGUAACUUCCGGCUGACAGUGCAUGGACGGUUAAUUUCUUUUUGUGCACUAACUGCGUAAGGACCUUCCAAUGCUGGUACUUGUUAACCGGGAGGCAGUUGAUGUACUAGUUAAAAUCUGCUUUGAUUCCGGUCCGACCCCAGCCAGUUGUCUUGGUCGCCGAUGUGUCGGUGUCAUGCGGUACUCAUGUAAGUGCGCAAGAAUUCUCUGUAGAAUACUUGAGUUAUCACUUAUUCAUUCGAGAAUUUAGUAUAAGAACCCCUUACUUUCACCAGUUCUAAUCGAUUUUUAAGACAGAUGACUUAACUAUCGGUCGAGCGAUCUCAAGUUUACCGCGCAUGUUUUCCUCCUUAUAUUGUUUGUUAAGCGUUUAAGAAACCCUGCAGGGAACGUAAAUCGCAUAUUUAACAUUUACGGCACACUAGAGUUACGAAAAUUCCCACUGUAAAAUUCAAAAGGCAAUUUGGCGAGCAUACGUCUGCUUUCGAUAAAUUCUCUUCGAGCCUGUACAUUUAUAUGGCUAUUAAAGGAAUGAAUUAAAAGAUACGGACAGGUAGAUAAUAAAGCUGUAGCUCGGGUUUGGGGAGGGGAGGGGGAGAGUGAAACACCACAAUUCCAGUCAGUGUCAGGGAAAAAGUGGGUCCCGGCGAAGGUAAUUACAUGCGGGUGGCUGGUUUGGUUGCUUUGACCCAUGGUAACUGUGGGAACAGUGUGAAUUUCUUCUGUGCGCAUAGGACCGGUCCGCGUAGCCUGAUUGCAUCCGCCUCUGCCAUAGCCAACAAGCACUGCCCAAGUAGUUUUGGAUAGCUUGAUGGGACCUUGUAAAUCACUGAAGACUGGCGUCUACGCAGUGGUCUGUGUCUACCGGCACAUUGUCUCUAUCAAGCUGGGAGUGAUUUGCAGUGAUAAUGUGGCGUUCUAUAUUAACAUUGACCAACUCAAAUGAUGUGUUCUUGUUAGCAUGUUGUCAAGGUCGCUCUCGGCCACCACCGACUGUCUCGACACUGUCUUCCUAUCGGAACAAGGAGGAUGAUGGAGGAGGGAGUGCAACAGAUGCAUCGAAAGUCCGUCUCGCUAAAUGCGCAAGUCGCCGAUGCUACGCCCACCUUGUGGGGCACACGGGGAACAUCGCCGGAUGUGACGGUUGAUCUGUUAUAUUACGAAGGGACGCGGUUGAUUCCGACCAGAGUUACGAGAAUUUCCGAUGAAGGAUUCCGGAGAGCAGUUAACGAGCAUACGUGUGCUUUCCACAAAUUCUCGUCGGAUUGCAAUCAAAACACAAGAGGACAAGAGAAACCGCUCCCAAUUUGUUUUUUCAUAAAAGUUGGGUAUGUAAAUGGCGAGGGGUGAAGAAGGUACUAAGAGACGGUGAGGGUCAAGUAAAGUCGUUUCAGGGGAUGGGGGGGGGGUGGAGAGUGAAGAAAAGUGCGUGCAGCUAACUGAUCUCUGGCCAUGGUUGACGUGGAGCUUCCAUAAGGUUCUUCUGCGCGCACAGGACUGGCAUACAUAACCUGAAGAGAGUUGCUUCUGUCGUUGCUAGCAGACACCGACCCAGUGGCUCAUGGUAGUUCGAUGGGACCUUGGGAAUCACACUACUCCUGAAACGGACCACGCGGCAGAUGCCCUGGACCAACGCGGAAGCUAGACCGGGGUUCGACUGGCGUUACUGUGAAUGCGCACUCACAACAACUGUCGACAUUUGGGGGUGUGGCAGCACGCUCAGGUACAGGCCCACGUUGCACCGAUCUAAGCUGCCGUCUUUUCUUCUUGUGUAAAAUCUUCGUCAGUGUGCGUUGUGAGCGCAGGGGUUUGGUGGUACGCCUAGGUGCGGGUUUUCGCCGUGUAAGCCACCUGCGCCUUCUCUCGCCUCCGGUCUUCUUGACUCUGUCAUGACACCGGGCCGAUGUGGGGGAGAAGAGAGUCCGGUAGACGCUGUGCAAGUCUGCUAUCACUAUAGGCUAAUUUGCGCGCAAUCCACUGUUCCUUCUCUCACACACGGUGAACAUCGUCGGAAACGACGGUCGAACUGUUGUCUAUCACACGGAAGGUUCCGCUAUGUGCUGUACUGACGUGAGGGCGAUGUCAGCCGUCAUUUCGUCUUGGUUGGGCCUGACCCUGACUGACAAGAACGUCGAGAUGGCCAACUGAAGUCAUGGAUGGAAGUGGUGAAAGCUGGCCCCAAGGGCAGAUGUUGGCCUGCCGUCUCUGGGGCUGAUAUAUCAACGGGCUAAGGAGUUUGCUGCUGACCGACUAAAAUGAAGAACAACACUGCGAGAUGUCGUGAAUCUACAACAUAGAGUCAGUUGCUUAGCCAGGAUAAAAGUCUUUUGAAGUAUGUAAGCAAGCUAGGCCUUCGAUGGGACCGCCAAUCUAUCAAAGUGACUACCACUCUCUGGUCACCCAAUGCAUCCUGGGUGACAAUUCGUUAGUCAUCACUGUAGUUGGCUCUCUUCACCAGACUAAGCGUACAGAUUGGACGAUGGGUGGGGGACUUUGAUAAGGGGCGUUUAGGCGUCCUAAACUUAUUUAACCAAACCUUCACCCCCAAAAGUUUUUUUUUCCAAUAUAGGGAAGAUUGGCGUGUUGUUAUUGUUAACGCUGUUAGAGUUGCCAGCGUAGCGGGUAGUCCGGCUGGAUGUCUUGCAACCGAGACAAGUCUAGGAGUAGAGUCGGGGCAUGUGAAGACUUGAUGAAAAUGACGAGUGGAAGCAGGGCGUGUGGAUUGUGGUUUCUCAAGCGCCUUAGUCGAACACUGUCCAUAGAGUGCCACGUUUGAGCCGCAUGUGCCGCGGAGGUGGGUGAGUCCUCGUGAUCUGUUCGUUGUGGGAACAGGAGCUCUGUUGCCUGUGGCCGCGUAGGUUCGGCGGUUAGAAGUAAUUCUGGCGCCCCUACUACGCUCUCCCGAGCUCUCCCUCAUCUUCUUCGUCGGCUUUAAAUGUCAAACUGUCCCUUGUUUAGGCGGCGUACGACAAGCAGAUAAAGGAGCGAGAGGCCCGCAGAAAGGAGGAACGGGAGCGCCUGAUGCGGGAGGAGUUGGAGGAGGCGAAGCGUAUAGCUCGGGAACGUCAGCGAAUGGAGCAAGAAAUGAGAGCGGAGGAGCUGCGUCGUAGAGAAAAUCCGGUAAGCCAGUUUGCAUGCCCUUUGCUGUCCUUUUUUCAUUUUGUGCUCAUAUAGGCGGGUCUGCGAUUUCCGUCCUGUUUUCCCAACGUAGUUGCAGUCUCCACCGUUACAACGUAUUUGAUAGACAACUGCUGAGGUUUCAGUGAGUGGCAGUAUGUCUUUGGGUUGCAUCAAACGGCGACGAAUUGUUGCCUGGGGUUGAUUGGCAAUGCCUACCCUGGCGGGUUGUAACAGUCGUGAAACCGCCUCGGAGACUCCUUUAAUGUAAGGAAUAGCCCUCCAGACUUCGGGUUGUUCUUCUUGUGGCCGUCGUCUGUUCACUCGGCGCUCGCUUUGCUUGAUGAGGUAGCUUGGGUAUCCAUUGGUUCGAAAGAUGUCAUGAAGGUAUUGUCCUUCAACUCUUUUGUCCGCUGGUGUGCUGCAAUGUGUUUCAGCUAUUUGGAAUAGAGUACGGACACAGCUGCGUUUGUGAGAGAGGGCGUGAUUGCUAUUGAAGUGUAGUAUUUGUCCUGUGUUGGUGACUUGUCUCAAAACGGUAGUUUGUAAUUGCCCAGUUGUACAACGACGCACAAGGACAUCGAGGAAGGCAAGUUGGUUGUUUGUUUCGGCUUCCAUCGUGAAUUGGAUAUUCGGGUCAACCGAGUUCAGUAAUUCUUUAAGGUGCACCACGUCAGAUGAUUUGACAAUGGCGAAGGUGUCAUUGACGUAACGAACCCCGAACUUUGGUUGAUACAUGGUGAACACCAAGUAUUCUAUCCAUUGAAGAACCACUUCAGCAAUCAGCCCUGAUAUGGGGGAGUCCAUAGGGAACUGAUUAGCAGAAGCCACUGUUGUUGGCGAUCCUUCUGCCAGGAACUUAAGACGAGCAAACAUCCAUUUUGCCAAAUCGUAUGCAGGAGUACCACCUGGGGAGACGAUGGGCCUAAGAGGUAUGUUCGCUUUGUGUACCUUCGGCAGACCAUAGAACCCCGCGGUGGCAGAGUCAGAGUUUCAUAAGAAACCAAUCUUUGGCUGUGAUUGCCCCAUUUGCUCUGAGUUUUGCCAGGCUUGUGCUUAUUUGAGUAAGCAGAUUUUUCAUCUCACUGGCUGGACGUUUAUAGGACUGUGGAUCAUCGAGUAGGCUCAAAGCUGUGACGCAUGUCAAAUUAUUGGGUUCAUCGAUUGGCCAUUGCUAUGUCAGUAUUCGCCUGCCUUCCCUUCACACAGAUUGCUACUCAGGAACAAAAACGGGAGAAGGAUGAGGCGUUUCAACGGCCACCUUCGCAAGGCAAAGUACAAUCUCCUGGUGUCGGCGCUGCAACCCCUGAAAAGCAGAUGUCAGUGGCGGACUCGCCCAUACCAAAAGCUGACAGGCGGGCACCGGUAGAAGAAAGACAGGCAACGGUGGAAGAAUGGCCGAUCCUAACGAUGGACAGACCCCUACCUACCACGAAUAAAAAUAUUGCAAAUUCUGAUAGACCGAUACCCACGGUGGACAGGCGGAUAGUGGGGGUGCCACAAACGGUGAGGGCUUUUGAUUUAGUGCUUAUUUAGUGCUUCAGUUAAAUUCUGAAAAGUUUAAAUGCCAGUUUUUACGUGAAGCCUCAGCCUGACUACUCGGAGUGGUUUUGACUACAUGCUAACCAGACUAGUCCGUGAGAUCGCUGUGGCGGACUUGCUGAGUAAACCAUAAUCCGGCAAAUCUAUCUGGAAGACCUAGCCAGAACUCACACUAUUUCGCCAACGCUAACCGGGUUAACCUGCAUUGCGGGUGCAAGAAGAAUUAUCGCAUUCCAGUAUGCACUGCGUAGCUCUUCCGUCUGAGGAGACUAGCUUGCAGCCUUACCAUCCGGGACCCAUUGACAGAGAUCUAGACACGUCGACCGCAGUGGACACCGUAGGAAGAUUGUGGAAGCCUGCAAAUGAUGGAGGUUUAGGAGUUUGACCCAACUUUAAUGCACGAGUCUCUGACUUGUCAUUUAGAUGAGCAUCCCGGAAACAAGGCAGUUCAAGCUUGCUGUGUCGUGGUGCCUUUAUCGGACUCUACGGAAUCUUGUAUGGUAAAUGCUUUGUCAGACCUCAAACCGCAUGCUGGUCAGGAGAAGCUUAUAUUUCAGACGCAAGCCCUAUAUUUCACGGUUGAUGUCCACUGCAGGUCGCUCAGUCACUAACUAACCGUGAGCGCGCCGGGUAGGCAGCAGCUAGGUUAAGUUGUAGGCACAAUCUUUCCAUGUUUUCUAUCUCCUUGCCCUGAGAAUCAUUUCAUUUCCUUCAUGACGAACUGGUAAGAGCUACUGACUUUCUCGUGUUUUAGGUGUACUUUGCUUUUCUUGUUUGUCCAUAUCUUUAUGAUAUUCAUACGGCUAACUGACUUUUGCGGAGCCCACUCUGUCGGCGUUUGAUGCGCCUGCAAAGCUUUCGUCAGACCGUGCCCAGAACAAAUUUGUUGGCAUACAGGUUACUGUCAAGGUCGUCUUGAUCUAAGGCUGCAUACUCUGAUUUUUACACCACGAUACCUGGUGUUUUUGGCCACAGGUACACUGCACCCGAUUGAAUUUCGGUAGCGCAGCUCCUCAGUCGAUGUAGGACCUUCGUUUUAGUGAGGUAGCAUCUCAUGUGACCCGUUAGCGCAUUUAUUUUAUCGGCAGUGGAGUUAGUCGGUGACGUCCGCUCUCAGGACCCCUGUAGGAGUGAAUGCCGCCAACGCGGGCAUCAGUUAAUUAAUUGGUGCGGUCUGCCGAGAUCCGGAUAGGGUGCUUAACGGCGUAUAUUUUGCAAUUAGACUCCAACCGGACCCCAUUGUUGGGAACCACUUGAGGGUCAGAGGACAAGGACCUUGUCGUGACCAAGCCGUGUGAGUGUGUAUGUCUGUCUAUACUCAGAGCGCUACUAUCGUCGGGCCAAAUACUCAUAUUGGAAGGGGAAGACAGGAGGCACUAGAAUGAGGGGUUUAUUGUGCACAGAAUUCGGAGUUGUCCUCUCAGGCGGCAGUGGUCACUGGCGAAGUCAGGACUGCGUUGACUGCGUCCAGUCAUGCCUGAGAUUCUCUGAGAUAGUGGUGGCAGCCACUUGCAGGCUUGUGGGCCAAGCUCAAGUGGUGUCCAGUCAGUGUGUGUUGCACUUUCCGAGGGGUGGUGUCCCAGUGGCUUGUUUUGCUGGUUGCAGGGGGUGGCGCGUUCAAGUGACGCAUGGGUAGCCGCGACGCUGUGUGGGCGCAAUGGUGUCCGAGCUGAAGUCGGCUGAGUGGCUUCAGGUCAGCUCGUCUUGGACGACCCGCUGCAAGGGGUGAAUGACCUUGAGACAGCGAGGUCUUGAACAGUGACACCCGGCCGGUCAUGAUGGCUGCCCGCUACAACCUCGCUGACUCUGCAGACGGAUAUAUCUGCAUUGGUGAUGGUCUAUGCAAACUAUACAAGCACAAGUAAUGUGAAGUUUAUGCAAAAUUUACAUAUUUGCCCUUAAACAUGUUGCUGUUACUAGACUAGGUUUGCCGUAGAUGAACUGUAUGAUCGAUACGAAGCUUUGACUGGUGUGACACGCUUUUACAACAUCAUUGAGGCAUUACUUUCCUCCUGCAGGUGGAUUGGGAGGUAUCAGUCGCUUGCAUUAUUUCAGGUGCCUGCAGUAUGUGAACCCAUUUGUAAGCAGACGAGAAGUAGGUCUCUGUCGAAGGUGGACAGUUCACACUUGAUGAUCAACCUAGGAGAAAAUGCCCAAAUCGUCAAUGCGUCCUUUCGUUUGGUCCUCUACUUUUCAACGGAUGUAGAGUUCAACAGAGGACUCUCCUAGCACGCUUAUCUCCUGCUUGACUUGCAUUUAUGAAAUUCCUCCGCGAUCUUUAAAAGACGUUACUUCAUACAUUUUCAGGAGAGACCUCCCUCAAGGCCACUGGAUGCGUGUCCUUCCGUUUACACCCCAGCGACCAAUGGUACUGCAACCAGCUCUACGAAUAAAAAAAGACACGACAAUAGUACAACUAAGAGGUCCGUAGGAGCUCAUCAAGGUUAGUUAAUGUCAUUCUCUUACGGAGACCGUUGCCCAGCGUACACAGUAACUUCCUCUACAGCCGUUAAGAUUACCCAACUUGAUAAAGAACCUGCGGCUAGUCAGCACAAAGGUCAAGUAGCCUUUUGUUAGCCCCUCCACCCCAAACACAGUGAUAAUCCAGAGACCACAGUCAGAGCAUACGAACGGGUAUCCCCACCAGAAAUUUCUGCAGGAGUUCAAUUGAGUUGCUGUAUGUCAUAAUUGAGGACACCCCUGAUGGUGUUUUACAUCGAUCUUCAAUACGAAGUGCCAUUAUAACAUUUGCAAAAAACCGGCUUAUUAUACUGCUCUACUCGGUAGUCGCAAGAGGGACAUUCUGAUGUUGUUCAACUAACAAAUUCCAUCAAGGCCUACGAAAGGAAUUGUGCACCGCCUGUAAAUUCAAGAGUAUGUUUGUGGGCUUCUCCCUCUUGGCGUCGCUGACCACAUCGGAAGGAUGUACUUUGGAGUAUCUGAGCUGGGCAGCACCUCACCAGUACUGACAACUGGUUGAUUGGAGUCUAGAGUACGUAAAGAUUGAGGCACAGGAGGUGUUGGUCUGACAGUUAGAUGGGACUUUGCAGGUUAAAAAAGUGGUCGCUUAGGACUGAAGCGACACACAGAUAAACUUUGGCGCGUAGUUUUUCAAGAACAUUCCAGGUCUGAAACGGAUACGACCGCACCAGAGCUACUGAGCUAUCUCAGUGCCUUUUUUGUAAAACAUGACCGAUUAGCCAACAGUCACUCUUCGUUGUUACCAUCACUCAAAGUUCUCGAUCAGAAUGAGCCUUGUUGCUAGUGCUAGACUCAGUUCUGGCAGAAAGCAGUGUUGAAGAAGGAGGCACGAUCGCUGGGACAAGAGCUUUAUUAGCUUGACGUUUCAGAUCCCUGUUCGAAUCCAUCAUUAGAGACAACAGCAGAUACAGGUGAUUCACGCACAAGGGGCUGUAGUACUUAUAGGACGCAGUCGCCAUGCUACCGCAUACCUAUGAACAUUCACGCCCCCCCCUUCAUCCGGGAUCGUUGCACUUGGUGUGCUAAUUGUCCCAGCGAUCGUGUCUCCAUCAAGAUUACUUCCUGCGACUCGUCUCUUCGCUUCUAUUAGAAAACAGUGUGUCCGCAGGGCCUUAUAUACCGGGACGGCAAAACCCUAACCAAGUGAACAUCCCACCAAAGCUAACGGACUGACUUAGAGGCAAACCCACUCCAUUAUACCAUCUUCGAACGCUGCUCCGCAUGGCAGCCAAUAGUGUGUGCCGUACUCAAGCCCUGCUCCUGCUGUCGUGGGUCCGAACCCCACCGAGUUUUUCGCGACUGCUCAAGUGAAUUAUUCAACCUGCCAAAACACCUGUUAAUAGCAGUUCACGCACCACCUCUACUAGGAUUGGAGGAAAGACACGGAACUGGGACCGUAAUGCAAGUGACCUUUCGCUAGAUUCCAGGCGGGGUACCUAUUCCCGUGCCCUGGUCCUAGAACUAGCACUAACCCUAACUCAGUCUGUAAUCCUAACCCUAGUCCUAAAUUCCGUCAUAUCCCCAACCCUAAUCUCCAUGGAUUUAGUGUAAGGCCACCUACAUUGCGGGGAUCCAUACUCCCAUGUCCUACCCUGGUUAGUAGGAACAUGAUUGAAUGGUAGGGGGCGCUCACCGAUCGUUCUUAUGGAACUCACUCGUGCCGUUGUGCCUUAUGGACUCUCUCUCUCUCGAGUCCAACCAGCAGCCACACAGCCGUGCAUGAUUUAGAAGUCAACGCCUCUACUCACCGGGCCACGAGCACGUUGUGCUGUCGGUUUUCGAUCGGGAAUAUACAAUGUUAGGGGGCGCUCACCGAUCCGAUCGAAAACCGACAGGGCAACGGGCUCGUGGCCCGGUGAGUAGAGGCUUUGACAUCUAAACCAACGGGUCGCGAGUUCGAGGCUCGGGUUUUCCACACUUCAGGCUUGGGUAUGGCUGGCUGACGACGGCUAAUAAGCCAGAAAUGGCCAUUCCAGUCUCCCUUGUCUUUAUCGGUAAUAUAAUUCUGCCUUUAUAUCAUGCGCCGCUGCGCGGCUGCUGGUUGGGCUCGAGAGAGUGCCCUUAAGGCACAACGGAACGAGUGAGUUCCGUAUGAACGAUCGGUGAGCUCCCCCUACCUUUGUGUAUUCCCGAUAGAAAACAGACAGGGCAACGGGCUCGUGGCUCAGUGGUUAGAGGCGUGGACCUCUAACAAACAGGUCGCGAGUUCGAGCCUCCGGGUGUGCACACUUCGGGGUUGGGUAUAACUGGCUGACGACGGCUAAUAAUCCAAAAAUGGCCAUUCCAGUCUCCCUUGUCUUUGUCGGUAACAUCAGGAACAUGAUGCGUUUACGCGGUGCACUGCCUUGUAGAGUUGACCCAUGUGCAACUACCACCUGUUAUUGUACGACUCAUAUGGCAGCAGUGCACCACCGUGAUUUCUCAACCCUGCGUGCAGGGCCAUGAACCGUUUGAUUCUCAGGAGACUACAUGUUCACCCGCUAAAUUUGCCUGCAUUCUGUGCCAUUGGCUUUGCAACCGUAGAUUUCAAGCAUACGUCAAAAAUUAUACUUGAUCCGAUUAUCGUGUGGCCUCAUAAAGACCUCCUUAUGCCUUUUUAAAGCUCCACUGCCUAUCGCUCUAUUAGACUUUUGUCAUUCUUCGGUCAAUUCGUCUUCUUAGGCAAACCAAAUUUGAUCUUUGUAGCUGUUCCCAGAGCGAAUGGCAAUGCGACCUACAAUGCCCGCCAAAGGUGCUCCACAAAUUAUCGGAGACCCUCCAACCAGCACGUUUCGGGGGUCGUUACUCCGACUGAUUUUGGUGCGGCCGCCAGAGCGGAGUACCGUCAUCAGGAGGCAACAAGACGGUCCUCGGAUCGUGCGACUCCUCUCGGUGUUAUUCGGACCCAAGCUAACCUCUGUCCGCCUGCGGCCGACUUCCUCUCCGCCAUCACGAAUCCCGAUUACGCCUAUGACGGGGUGUGUUCGGGCCUCGAAAAAUGUCAAGUCGGCAAGGUAGAAUCCAGAUUUAUGCGCAUUUCUUUUUUCGGUACUGCAAGGCGCUAUUAUCUUUUAAGGCAUUUCACACAAAUCUUGCAUAUGAAGUUAUUUUUCCUGCAUGCCCCGCUUCGCUUCUCCAUCUAUUGGUUUUUCCAGUUGUGACAAGUUUUUCACGCCAUUCUAAGGCAUUUUUCUGCUCUGCAAGGCCGCUGUCACCGUUUUUUGCAGCAUUUGACAUUUAGUAACUUCUAGGGUUCAAAAAGUUUUUUUUAGGUCAUCGUCUUUGUCGCCUUGGUUCGGAAGCGACCACAAGGGAUGAUUUUCUGACUAAGCAAGGUCGGGACUGCACGAAAGGUUCUGCAGAAUUUCCCAAUUGAGCUCUCGGAAGGCUGUUUUGACGAGUUGUCCCGUGUAGGGCCGGGUGUUGCAAUUUUGCGGAAUCAGUUGGCCUUGACGGCCGUUUUUUUUCUUGAAUAGCUUCAUGUAAACCGCGCAGUUAGGCUGCAUAGGCGUUUCUGUCCAACGUCUGGUUUUGCUUAAACAUUUUAUAAUAGCUUAUGCCCUAGGCAGUAUGUUAUUACCGACAAACGCAAGGGAGACUGGAAUGGCCAUUUCUGGCUUAUUAGCCGUCGUCAGCCAGCCAUACCCAAGCCCGAAGUGUGGAACACCCGAGCCUCUAACUCGCGACCUGUUGGUUACGAAGUCGACGCGUCUAACCACUAGACCACGAGCCCGUUGCCCUGCCGGUUGCGAUCGGGAAUAUACAAUGGUACAGGGGCGCUCACCGGUCGUUCUUGCAGAACUCACUCGUUCCGUUGUGCCUUACUGGCUCUCUCUUGAGCCCAACCAGCAGCCGCACAGCGGCGCAUGAUAUAGGCCAGGUCGCGAGUUCGAGCCUCGGGUGUUCCACACUUCGGGAUUGGGUAUGACUGGAUGACGACGAUUAAUAAGCCAGAAAUGGCCAUUCCAGUCUCCCUUGUCUCUGUCGGCAAUAACAUACUGCCUAUAUCAUGUGCCGCUGUGCGGCUGCUGGUUGGGCUCGAGAGAGAGCCCGCAGAACGAGCCCGCGAGUUCCCUGAGAACGAUCGGUGAGCGCCCCUGUACCACAGCUUAUGUCCUCCCAACCCCAUCACACGCAAAUCAUGGUCUUUUGCGGAUACAGAUCCUACAUCAGCCGAGGAAUAGUUGCCUGCUCGUCACGACCCACCUACUCCUUCCUUUUUGCCUUAUAUUGACGUGAAGGCAGCGUUUCUUGUCGCCAGCUUGACCGUCUUUAUAGAAGAUGUCCACAGUGUACCCUACAGCACGGAGAGCGCAAGGACGGUGACUCGUGUUCGAAUUAGUCUAUAGUUGUGGCAGACUUGCGCUGCAUCUACCGCACCCCCUCCUCUCCCACCUGAGCCGCUGUCAAAACAGUCAAGAAAACCGGAAGGCGGGAUUGGGUUCAGGUGGUUGGUGCGGCGCGGGCCAAUGCCAAGGUACUCCACCAUGCCCCCCUUUUCCGCUUACAAAUAACCAGGACUUCACGAGAAAAAGGGGGGCGACUGGGAUCCCAUCUGAGUGGGAGGGAGUGUAGUAGGAGGCGCUCACCGAUCGCGCUACGGGAUUUCCUCGUCCCGUUGUGCCUUAGGGCUCGAUCUGGAGCCCUACAGACAGUCACACAGCGGUUACUGCCAUAUGCAGAGUGUGAAUGACUGGACUGACCGCUUCUGGCUUAUCAGCCGUCAUCAGCCAGCCAUACGCAGUCCCAAGUUUGCAAUCCCUGAGGUUCGAACCCGCGUUCUGUUGCUUAGAAUUCAACACUCUAGCCAGUGGGUCACGAGCUCGUUGUCUUGUCGGUUGCGACCUGGUAUAUUGACUGUGGUGGGGGUGCCAUACAGAUCACACUGGGUAAGAGGGAGCCAUUGCAGCCUGACUCCGUUCUGGGAGAAGGACCGAGGUAUCCUACCAACUGACAGCCGUCCAAGCCACGGCUUAUAGAGCUCCGUGAUAAUCUCAAGCGCGUCGGAUUGUUUGUCGUAAGGAAUAUGCGCUGAGAGAGUUGACCUUACCCCCUCCUCCCCUCCCGUACACCAGUCGAUUGUCUGAGCCGAUCAGUUUUCUGGUUUGGGGUUGGAUGCAGCUGUUGACAGGGUUAGGAAGCUCGUCUGCACGUGCCACGCACACGCGGCGUGGCUCCCCAUACGCAACACGCUGGGGUUUCACACACAACGGGUCGACGGCUGGGGUCUUGCAUGUGGAGGGUGCCAUUGGGGCUACAUUAAGAAGUAGCCAUUACAGUCUGGCUUAGUCCACCAGUCUGUCACUUCACACAGGCACACACUGGGCUGACUGCGUGGUCUAAGUUGAAAUCCUCAGUUAGCAACCUUGCAAGCCACGGCUUUUAAAGCUCCGUGAUUGUCUACAGCGCGUCAGAUUGUUUGUAGUGAGUAAUAUGCACUGAGAUAAUUGACCUUCCUCCUCCUUCGCGUACGCCAGCCGAUUGUCCAAACCGGUCAACCAACUGAUAGGGGAGGUUAGGCGCAGUCGCUGGCAGAGCUAAAAACAUCGAUGUAAAAAUCUUCAUUUGUGCCCGCGGAUGCUUUUUUUUCCGCGCGAGAAAAUUGGUAACAAUGGUGAGACACCGAUACCCAACGGCGAACUCAACACCACGGUGUACAGAAAGGCGACUAACACGACCCAGAUUCUCAACUGCCACAAGAACCACCCAAUGGCGCAUAAACGAAGCUGUGUUAGGACACUCUUCCAAAGGGUAAAAACGCACUGCAGUGAACCAGAGGGACGAGUACGAGAACUUCGGCAUCUUCGGGACCAACUGGCAAGGAAUGGAUACCCGAGCAUCUUCGUCAGCCGCUGCCUCCGCACGCACCCACGGCGAACAAACGGAGGAGAGCCGCCAACACUCUGGCACCCUCUACCAUUUAUAAAGAACGUGUCCGAAGAGAUGGAACGUAUCGUUGGAGAGCUCGGCGUGGGUAUCGCUCACCGUCCGACAGCGACCGUGCGCCGCAAAAUCAUGCGAGUGAAGGAUCGCCAAGACGUGGGAGAACAACCGGGUGUCGUCUAUCAGAUCCCAUGUCGGGACUGCCCUCGCCACUGCGCAGGACAGACCGGACGACGACUUAGCUAACGAAUAACGGAGCACAAACGGGCGGUCCGGAGAGGCGACCCGUUGUCUCACAUCGCCACUCACACCUUGGAGUAAGGCCACGAAUUCAAUUUCGCGAGCACGCGGAUAGUAGCGCUGGUCAACAAUAAGACAGGACGAGAACUGUUAGAGGCCUGGGUGUCUGACACUAACUCUAUCAACAGGCGCGUUGACAUACCCCCCUGCUAUCACGCGCUCCGUUCCCGAGGCCAAGAGACGAGACCCAAUUUCCAGCCAAGGGUGCACGCAGUCACGCCACCGUGAGACGGCGUGGGACUCAACUUAUCGCGAAUACCACCCUCUGCACUCAUGUCUGUCCCCCCCCCCCUUCACGGCUUGACCACAAAAACAGCUCAUUUGAUGUCGCAUUCUCACAGUCUCUGACGGUGGCCUCCUGUACGAGACCGAAAGCUCAUACUAAUACACCUACUGUCCCAGAGAUCGUGUGUUCAUCUUCUUUACACCGAUACAUGUUUCCCGCCAAAGCAUACAGCGCCCACGCUCCAAACUUUUCGACUUUUCCAGCCGACUCCAAGCGGCUGAGGGUGGUAUGGUGGUGCCUAUGCAACUUUUCCGCCAGUUAUCUGUUCGGACGUUGUUUUUCCACAAUAAGGUUGUACAAUGCAAACACGACGAACCAUGCAGAAUUUAAUGACGCUACACAUUUUCUGCGUCCGCCUAUUUAACUGCGCACGGCCAUUGCAUGUUCAUAAGGCAAACUGUCGAACAAAAAACGGCCUAGGGCGAUCAGAUGUGGCAGGUAAUUAAAAACAGGGAGUGUCAAUCUGACAUGCGGGUGGGCAUGGUGUGAGGGGAGGGAAGCGAGCUCAGGUUGCAGCGAAGUCUCGUCACGCGUGAUUGCAACUUCACAGCAUGGACCGUUAGUCAGUCAUGUGGGGAACGGGAGAAGGAAUAGGGUCAUUUCGGUCACAGACUGUUGAAGGUCGAUCACGUUGUCCAAUCGCCUACAGAGCUCCAGCGUUCUCCCUACUGCAGUGGCCUCUGGAAAGCGCAGGGGAUGCCUAGUCGUCGCCCAAGAUAGGCCUUUAAAUGUAGCCACUGGUUUCACCGCACGGCCAGUACCAACCAGGUGUUUCGUAACCGACCCCCUGGGUACCUUAUUUUCCGCCCUCAGCAGUCAUUUCGUCAUAUGGUCAGCCGACCGAGUUGCUACCUGCCUUCUAGUGCGCCCAAUGUAUUUUCACCCGUAGUUACGUGUAGGCUCAUAAAUACAGUUUGAGGUGAUGUGCAUAGACAGGAUGUCUUUGAUUUGCCCAACUGAACCAUCCGCUAUAGUGCUUAUUAACAAGCUUAAGGCGGCGUAUGUCCGUUCAGUCGUGCAUCUAAGCCAUCGCAUUUGACCAAUUAUCGCCCUUAAAAGGGAGGUAGAUACUCACCGACUUUUGAUGCAGACAUUUCCACCGAACUUACCUCUCAGUGAUGACGAUACUUAUCGAUCCAGUUCUCCGAAUACCCGCUUUCAGGGAAGACAUCUUUCAAGAAAGUGAUCCCAUCAUUGAUCAUAUCUGAGGAACAGACCGUAGUGGUUCUGUUGAACAGACAAAAAACUAAGUAACGUUUUCUCUGAAGUGGAGCGAAAGUGGGAAAGUGCUUGUACUGUCUUUUCCAAGGGGUUUCUGAUAGACGGGUCUCUGAAUAGAAUCGUUCGCCAGCCUCUGCAAAAACGCCUGAGAGGGGUAGCGUGUCUUUCUUCUCCCGCUCGGGCGUAAAUUUUAUUUUUGUAUGGCCAUGUACAUAACUCUGAGUGGUAACUCCCCGUCUUUCGGGCCAAUGACUAAGACAAAAUAUUAUUUGUAUACCAUCUAUAAAAUGCAGCUCGGUGUAAACUUUGGGCUAAUUUUUUCCUCGGGGCUUGACGUGAAGAUGUCCACUAGGACCGGCCCCAAUGGACUGCCAAUAGUUAGGCUGUUGAUAUGUCUGUGCAAUUACUCACUGAACAAGAGCUGUAUGUGUUUAGUACAUAAUUGUAAUGGUUCCUGUAUUUGACUUGAUGCUAGACACGUUUCCGCUCCAUGAUCACAAAUGAUUUCAAUCGUCUCACUCAGCAGCAAGUUUGCAAACAGGCUCUACGCGUCAACUUAUCUCAUGGGCUUAUUCAAUGCAUCUUGACCCUUCAGGUCAUCAGUGUAUUAGAUGGCGCUUCAUGUAGUGCUAGCGGCAGGGUUGCGCCCGAUUGGUUUGAUUUCUUGAACUAGCCAUUGAGCGAGUUUAUGUUGGGACGGAUCUCACAGUGAUAAUAUUGGUCGGAGUGGUGUUCUUGACUUGUGAAGUUUUGGUAGACCGUAUAGUCUGGGAAUAUGUGAGCCCAUAAGCCUAAGCCAUGUAGCAAUUUCCUCUUCUACUACUUGAUUAUGGAGUAACGACUUCGCCUUUUUUCCGACAAUGUUUUCGUUUCUUCCUCCUCAUGGGUUUCACAGGAAAAUGUGCUGGCAUCCCUCAGCACUGUUUCCAUCUUACUAGCGUAAUCGGUCUUGUUUAGGCUUCCUUUUAUUUAGCUGUCAGGUUUGACCCCCCUGGGCAGUUUUCCUGUUGGAAAAUUUAUUAAUAUGCAAUGACUAUUCACAGUUGAGUAAGAGGUUGCGAAAUUCUAGGUCAUUAAAUUCUGCCUACUCUGUCGUCGUUGUCUUUUACAAAGUUCUCACUUAGUUUGCCUACAAUUUCCUUUCGAAAGUGAAUUAAGAUGUUCCGCGUUGAAACUAGUCAGUUCUCCGGGGCAGAGGCCCCUUUGAUUUCGACCGUGCCGUUUUUGAAUUUAACAGUUCUUCCAGGCAUGCUGUUUUCCACGUACCAGCACAAAUUUCACGAGCUGCUUUUACAGCUUUGUGCCCUCGGUUGAAGAGGUGUCGAAUAUACCCAUCGGUUACAGUAGCCCUGUAGAGCAGACAAAUGCAUUCAAUUAGCAUAUUCACGGGAAUAGUUUCAGUUGAAAUAAACUACAGAGCUUUAUUAGACAACUCAGCACAUGACCAACAUCCACAGGCCACGAAGGAUAUAACGUCUGACCGCAAACAAAACAACUUUAAAAUUAGAAUCUGUGUCUGUUGUUUUGACUUCAACCAGACUCUCUCAACCGCCGGCCUGCACGCUCAGAGUCGGUCGUCUCUGGGGGCGUUGCCGCCGGCGACAGGAGGAACACACUUGUGUCCUUUUGCCAUGCACCCUGCUCUAAGGCGCUUGCAGGCGGUUGCUUGGUAACGCGCGGAAAACACUUGAGGACGGUGUAGGCCUGUAAAUCGACGAUGCGGACUUAUUAAUAAGUCUUCUCAAUCAAAAACUGCCGACUAGGCCUCACAUUUCAGACUUCCUGACAUGAGGGUAGGGUGUGGUUGGCCAAUGACGACGGCGGAGUUGGGAUUGAAUGCUCCAGUCUCCCUGCGUAGGUCACUUAAAGAGCCCCUCAAAUUUCGAGCUUACGACAAUCAAGAUGUGUGGAAGUUGACUAGUACAAAAUGUGUGUGCACGCGGUGGUCGCACUAGUGUCACUUUGGUCGGUUCCAGCCUACGUCAUCAGCAGCCUGUGUAGUCGGUGUCCUGGAGUAGCCACUCAUGUCCCCCCCUCCCCCCACCAAUCGUUGAAUUGACGUUUCGGGUCAAUUAUCCCUUCCGCUUCUGACUUGACCUUGUCUGUUUUUGGCCAAAAAGCUACGGCGGCGGCGGAGUCUACUGGUGCUGGGAUUUGAAGAGAUAGUAACUGUAGAUUGAUUCGACACAUUACUGAGGCAAGGUCCUCAUGACGUCCGAUUUAUUGUUGGGGUCUAUCCUGACGGUGACAGCAGCGAGUGGAGCUUUAUUGGAUAACAGGCGACAUUCGCCUGCGGCUGUUUUACAGUUCACCGACUCGCUAGACUAGUGCCAAUCCACACCGAAGGUAUUAAAUCUGCACGGUCUGUGGCCGCUUAUCCGCCCGACUCGAUAACCUGCUUAUUUCCAAAUUAACAGGCGCUGGGUUCAGUUUGAUUAUUCGACACCCGUCAUCGCGUUGGGUAGUCUUCAGAUACUCUAGCAGACAGGGCCAUUUCCGAGUUCCAGCACUCCGUGGGCGGCUGCACGACACUCGGAUAGGAACGUAACAUUUUUCCCAAUUCAUAUCGUUACCUCUCAUCCAUCUCAUGCGUUCCGUAACAUGCCCCUUUUUGUCUCCUUUCUCAAGGUUUUCUUUUCCGAACUGAAGGCAUAAAUUGUUGGCCUGACAAGAACUGAUUAUGAUAAUGCUGGGACACCGACAGUGUAGGUCAUUCAAUCCUUGGGCGGGAUUGACCUAACUUAAAGUCAUCUGUCGCCGUCAUAUGCGUCACUAAGUCGACAUUCUACGUCUUGGGGCUACAUCACUAAAGUCGAUAUUUCGAUCCCAAGUGUCCAGAUUUCAACCUUGGCCGCAUUUUGGCUGCUAAAUGCAAGUCUUGUUGGGAGAAAACAAGUGACUUUUAUAAGUAGAAAAAGGGAGUGCUGUUCGAUCGCCGUAGUCACUUGUUUAUUUGUUUGAGCUCUCGAACUCGUGCAGGAGACCAUUAUCAGAGUUAAAAGCGGGGUCAGAACAAGAAACAGUUAUAGGGGGUAUGCGCCAAUCAAACGCCAGUGACGCCAUUCUGGUGAUCGAUACAUCGAUUAAAUCGCCACCCGUCGAAAAACCAGCUCAUAUUCGUGUAUGCGCGAUCGGAGUAUGCGUUCAGUGCUCGGAUUGCGCAUACGUAACCGGGCUUGCCGUGCGGUGGGAUAACAAAAUGUCGCAAGUGGCUGCCCACACCUGCGGAAGGGGCCACGAGGAUAAUCUCCCGCGCCAGAAGCAAGGCAGAAGCCUGGGCCUUGAAUGAGGACUCGGUCGAUCGAUGUAUCGACCUGUCGCCGGUAUACAGAGCCUUGCGCAGUCGCCUCCAGAAUGGCGCCACUGGCGUUUGAUUGGCUCAUGUCCCCUUUAACGGUUUCUUGUUCUAUCUCCACUUUUAUCCCUGAUAAUCGUUUCCUGCACGAGUUCGAGGGCUCAGACAAAUAAAGAGAUGAUUUCGGCGAUCGAACGAACUUCCUGUCCUCUGCCUGGAAUGCGAAUGUCCGCCGCAAUUAGUGCUUCUGUGCCCGAGGACCUCACAGGGAGCUUGAGUACACACUUCCAGAUGACUGAGGUUUAACAGUCUUACUCAAUUAAGAAAUAUCGGUCUUGAAGUCGUAUUCACUUCGUCUCGGUAGACAACCAUCAAUUUUUCGUCACCGGCUUUAGUAUUGCUCCAGCUAUAUCGCGACUCACCUCAGCUUAUAACAGCAGACAUUUACCCACACACGGAGUCGCUUUAUAAUUUUGGUCUGACACAACACACUUUUCCUUGUAGAACCCUUCACAUACCCGUGCUGCGUUGCGUCCGUCUGAAGGACUACCGCAGAGGUCUGCUCUGGAACAAGUGUCGAAAAUAAAAAGGGUAAGCCUCAUCAAUGGGCUUUGCUUCUUGACGCCUUACGCAUCGUGCAGAAUAACCCCCCCCCCCCCCCCCCUAGUCGGCGCUGUACAAGCCUAACCAACGACUUAUUUUAAUGCUGGUAUACUGCACAGACAAGAAUCUCACUGUCGCCUCUUUUGUUUUCAAUUCUAUUUCAGAAUCUCCUACAACGCCAAAAGGAACUGCGAUCGAUGCAGAUAGGUGCAUCGAAUGACAAUAGGCCUCUUUAA